AUGGAUUUGAAAAAGCGCAAAAUCGCAGAUGAAGAAAAUAACGAGAUAGACAGCGACGACGCUUUAUUAGAGGCUUUCAGGAAAGAAGCAAUCUGGAGGCAGAUGAGGGAGUAUAAGAGGCAGUACGAGCUCGCUGUUAAUAGACUCCAGGCGCUGGAAUCAAAGUCGAGCUCGCUGCAGUCCUCGCUAUCCUCCGUAGAGGUGUGCUGGAAUGAACUAAUCGAUGUUCUCCAGCUAGUCAUCGUGCCUUCAUCCUCUGUACAAUCUAACGACGCUCUCAAAGACUUUCUCGAUUAUUCAAACAGCCAAGACCUCGCUCUCCUCAACUCUGCUCUUUCCGUCAGAUCAGGGGCUACCAAGGAGCUAAUCGGCUCAGUACUCACUACUGCAACACGCAGCCUAUCCCCAGACGCUGUACAGCUUCAGAAACAAGCUCAUAUGUAUCAGCAACAGUCUAAUUCCUAUAAACAGGAAUUGCGGCUGACGAGGCUGCAGCUUGAAGAAUGUCAGUCUCAAUGGGAAACCACCAAGGAUAGAUUGCUAAAUGCAGAAAAGCAAGUUGAUAGAGUUAAAUCAUCUCUUAUUCCAAAAGUUCAUCAAGAAGCCGCUCCUGCAAAGGCUGAUUCUCCAAUACACAUUCAAAAAGCUGACUCUGUUGAUCACGUCAAGUCUGAACCUAGUCAAGCACCUUCACCCGCUCCCAAAGAACCAUCUCAGCCUCCACCGCCCGGUCCGACGAAAGAAGAAUUGGAAGAUGCACGCAAGUUAGCUAUGCAGAGAAUGACGGAAUCUGUUGAAUUGAGAGCUGAUAGAGUUAAGCUUUGUCAGGAGAUUGACAGUCUUAGAGUUACGCUCAAGCGGCCUAACGAUGAAGCUAUUAUUGAGUCAGGGCUUUACAAAGACCUUCAACACCAGAUAGAUCAUUUUCAAACUGAUGCAGAUACUGCUAAAGCACAAUACAAUCAAUUACAGAAACAAGUGGAAUCAAUUCUCACAUCGAGGGGAGAAUACGAAGAUGGUUUGAAAUCAGAGAUCAACUCUCAAGUGGAAGACGUUUUGCAAAGAUUACAGGCAAAGGAAGCUGAUAUCAAUAGGCUAAGAGGUCAGCGAGAAGAACUUAACAGCGAACUUAACGUUAGGCGUACAAAAGAUUAUGGCAAACUGCAGUACAUUGAACAAACUCAGCAACUAUCUGAAUCAAGACUAGAACGAAUAAGCUGUCUAAAAUCCGAAACACAGCGUUUGAAAGGACGUAUUGCUGCUGGAUAUGGAAAUCAAACUGCUUACCACGCUAUCAUGGGCGAUAACGUGAAUGAGGAUGAUUUCAAUUUGACUAUUAAACUCGAUACCCAAUUAAAAAUUGCUAGUGAAGAAAUAACAAGUUUGAAGAGUCAAAUUAGGAAUCUCCAACAAGAAGGUGAUGUACAUCUUAGGCUGGAGCAAGCUGAGAAAAAGCUGAGUGCAUUCGAGAAAGCUUUCGGUGAAGCAGCUGAUCCUGAAGUCCAAAAGCUAGUUAAUACAAUUAAUCAGAGAGAUGAACGGAUAAGAAAACUUGAACUACAAAAUACCGAAUCUGAAACUACAUCGAAUGCAAUAUACGGCGAGAUUGAGAGAUUAUCGAAAGCAUGGGAGGUUCUUGAUGAGCAGAACAGAUCGAAGAUAUUUGACUUGCAACAUCUCGAAGAGAAAGUGACGAGGCUAAUGACAGAGAAGGCUAAAGCUGACAACAAAUAUUUUGCUGCAAUGAGAGCCAAAGACGCAAUUGAUAUUGAGCGGAAGACGGCUCAAAGGACACAUGAAAAACAGUCAAAAACAAUUGAAAAGCUACUUGAAACGGAAAAGCAACUGGAAAAUCAAGUGUCAAUUCAUGAAAAAGAGCUUGUGGUGUAUUCAAAUAAAACCAAAGCAUUGGAAGAUAGAAUGUUCUCAACUGAACGAGAAUUGAGCAGUGCGAGAUUACUGUCUGACGAGUCAAAGAGAAGGCUAAUGGAGGUUUCCACCAAGUUGAAUGAAAGGCACGUCAUGUACGAAGAUGAGAGAGCAGCAAAAAGAAGACUAGAAGAGGACAAUACGAAGCUGCGCAGUGAUUUACAAAGGAUUCCAACCAAUGGACAAGUAAGUAGUGGUGUAAUGAACGGCAUUCACACAGCCAAAGAGGAGAAUUUGCAGAGAGAGCGUGACCAGCUGUUUUUCUUGCUUCGUUGCUCGACUUGCAAAAACGAGCUGAAAUCACAUUGCAUAACUAGAUGUAUGCACACAUUCUGCAAAUCGUGCAUCGACGCGCGUAUUGAAACCCGACAAAGAAAAUGCCCAAUCUGUCAAAUAGGUUUCUCUGCUUCAGAAGUCCAGAAAUUGCAGUGGGCUUAA